AUGAUGCAAGCGGCAGCGAGACAGCUUUGCAGCGCAAAGAUUGCGGCAUGGUUGCCCCGAGCACGACAAGGUCCCAGGUCGUACUUGCAGUAUGGCUUGGUGCGAAGCCUGGCAGUGACUGCAAAGGAGCCCGAGUACCACACCGGUGGGAACUUCGAAGGGCAUCAUAUGUUUCAUAGAAAAGCUCCAUUCACGUUCCGGAAUGGUGAGCAGAUACCUGAGUUGCAGGUCGCCUAUGAAACUUGGGGCCACUUGAAUGCGAAGAGGGACAACGCCAUACUUCUGCAGUGUGGGAUGUCGGCAUCAUCGCAUGCUUGCUCUCACGCUCGGAAUCCCGCGCCUGGAUGGUGGGAGGACUACAUCGGUCCAGGCAGGCCGCUAGAUACCAACCUCUUCUUCGUCAUCUGCACCAACAACCUUGGAGGAUGUUAUGGAUCCAGUGGGCCAUCGUCUUUCGACAGCAAGACCGGCAAGCGCUUUGGAAGUACGUUCCCACGGUUUGAGGUCCAGGACCAGGUCGCAGCACAGUUUCUCCUCAUGGACCAUCUGGGCAUCUCCAAGGUCCAUGCCUGCGUGGGCUCAUCCUUGGGAGGCAUGCAGAGUGUUUGUGCUGCGGCGAUGUUUCCAGAUCGGGUUGGGAAGUUCGUGAGCAUUUCUGCUUGUGCAAAAAGCUUCCCGGGAAGCAUGGCCUUUCGCCAUGCGCAGCGCCAGGCCAUCAUGUCAGAUCCACACUGGAAGGGUGGCGACUACUACGAUGGCCCACUUCCUGCCAACGGCUUGAGACUAGCGCGACAGCUUGGAACCAUCACGUACAGAUCAGGGCUAGAGUGGCAGCAACGCUUCGGACAGAGCUUGGCAAAGGGUGUGACGAAGAGGGAAGGCUUGAAAAACGAAUUCAUGAUUGAGUCCUACCUUGCACACCAGGGGGAGAAGUGGGUGAAUGCGUAUGAUCCAAACUCCCUGCUUUGGAUAUCCAAGGCCAUGGACGGCUUUUCUAUGGAAAAACCUGACAAGGAUGGCAAGCUGAGUCUGCUGGAGGGCUUGAAGCCGGCGAUGAUGCCUGCUCUGGUGAUUGGAGUGCAGCAUGACGUGCUCUUCCCGGUCUGGCAGCAGAAAGAGAUUGCCGACACUUUGAGACAGGCAGGCAACAGACGGGUCGUCUACUACGAGCUUGACUCUGUUUAUGGACAUGACUCCUUCCUGCUGGACGCCGUUGCCAUUGGCCCGGCUGUGAAAGGGCACCUCGAGCAGGAGCCCGAGGGAGCUCGCCACCUUUGGGAGGACCUUGCGGCGAGCGCCAUGGGUUUCCUUCAGGCCAGCGCUCAGCGUGGGAAUCAAGCCGACAGCAUGCGAGACAUCUUCCGUGCGCUAGCGCAGGGUGAGAAGGAAGUUGAGCGGGACCGCCUCAAGUCCAUGGUGAAGCUCGUGUGGUCUGGGCGUGUCAAUGAGGCAGCUGUCGACAAGGCCUUUGAUGCGAUGGCCAAGGAACCGUUGAUGCAGCUUGAAGAGUUUAUGGCAAUGCGACAGGUACUGUCUGAAGCCAUGUCUGACCCAUACUUGCCCUAG